AUGAGUCUGAGGUGGUCAGUGAAGGACAUCUAUGAGUUAUCAUAUUGCUACAUUGGAGUGUCUGCAAUAUUUAUAACUCUCAUAGUCAGCAACAUUGUCUCCUUCUGCACAGCGUUGAUAAUUGGGCUAAUUGGCACCGGCUUGGGAAUACUGAUGGAAAAGUUGGGAGGUGUGCUGGAAGUGGGAACCAUGUUCAGUGGGAUCAUCUGUGGACCUCUGUGUGGUAUUUUUCUUGCUGGCAUCUUGACCCCGUGGGUCAACGCUAAGGGAGCCAUGGUUGGAGGACUCACAGCAUUUGUUUUGAGUGCGUGGGUAGUUGUAGGCAGUUUUGUGCAUGGAUCAGCGCCACGGUACUUGUCAUUAUCUACCUCGGGCUGUCCUGUAAACCUGACUUCUGUUGACAACAUCACCGUUAUCUUCUUCAGUAACUCUUCAGCUACAGACUCUUACAUGUAUAAGACAGUGACGAGGGACUACCAACAGAUCAAUUCAACUCUGAGUGACUUACCGACACCCACCACCGUCCAAGGGUGGUCAGUGAAGGACAUCUAUGAGUUAUCAUAUUGCUACAUUGGAGUGUCUGCAAUAUUUAUAACUCUCAUAGUCAGCAACAUUGUCUCCUUCUGCACAGGUAAUGUUUAUUGA